AUGGGUUUUGACGGUCAUGGAAGAGGUCGUGGAGGAUUCCGCGGGUCUCAUCGCGGAGGAGAACGAGGGAAAUCGCUAGGAUUCAAGUCACGAGGUGGUUCACCCGGAGGUGGCUUUAGAGGUCGUGGCGGCAGUUCAGGUGGACGUGACUUUUCCUCAUCAGCUGAGAGUAGGAAAGGAAGUAGUUGGGGUCGUGACUCUAUGGUUAAGAGGCACGGUGGUUCCACAUCAAGUGCACAUGGUGGUCGAGGAAAUUUCACCCCUCGUGGAGGCGGAGGUGGUUGGAGUCCUCGUAGAGGACGAGGAGAUGUUGGCAAGAACAAGAAGUCGUUCUCUGCUACAAGUACACCAGUUAACACCAAGAAACAAAACGCGAGUUUUCGGACCACAAAUAAGCGUCGAUUCGAUGAUGAAGAUGAGGACAGCGCUCCGUUAAGUGGGAAAAAGACAAAUGGGAAGACUGUUGAGACGAAGUAUGAAGAAGAAACCGACAGCGAAGAUCAGGAUGAGGAGUAUGAUGAAGACGAGGAUUAUGAAGUGGACAAUGAGGACGAAGAAAGUGGUGGUAAGGACGAGAAGCCUACAGUUUCUGCGGAAAAACUGGUGACACCACAAGCAAAGGGAUCACGGGCCGUGAAGAAAAAUGUGGUGAAAGAUUCUGACAGUGAAGAUGAAGACGACGGCGAAGAUGAAGAAAUGAGCGAUGAAGAGGACGACGUUGAAGUACAAAAUGUCACUGGAAAAGCUACACCGAAAAAGGAUAACGCCAAAAGAAGCAGUUUGAAAUCGUUUGAUUCUGAUGACGACGAUGAAGAAUACGAUGAAGAUGAGGAGGACGAGGAAGAUGAUGAAGACAGCGAAGAGGAUGAAGAACAGGUUGAGCCCUUAAUGAAAACACCGGCCCUGAAGCAAAAUGAGAAAGAAACGAAAAGUUCGCUCAAGAGUGGCAAAGGAACAGAUGUUAAGAAAUCCGUUAGUGUCUCUGAAGCUGCGACAUCAGCUACCCCAGCAAAAAAAUUACCAGUGACACCUCAUCCGCAAAAGAAAGUUUUGUCAGUUAAAGAAACUCCAAAGUCUACCAAAGAAACUCCGAAGACAAAAUUAAACUUUGAUGAUGAUAGUAGUGAUGAAGAAGACGAGGAGCUCGAUGAGGGUGCUGUGGAAGAUGAAGAUGACGACGAGCAAGAAGGCGGCGACGAGAAUGAAGAAGAAGGCGAUGACUUGUGUGAGGAAGACGACGAAGACGUGGACGAAGAAGAGGUCCUAAGUAACGAGCAUCCUGCUCAAGGUAACAAGAAGAAAGUAGCCACUAGCAACCUUAGUGCUCCUAUAAAUAAAGCACAACCUGGUCAGAGUAUUAAGAAGACUGCUGUUGAUGACCGAACAGUAGUUAAGAAAGGAGAACCUGGUCAUAAUGCUAAGAAGAAAAGUGCAGCUGCUGACCAUAGUGCGAAUGUAAAGAAAGGGGAUCUCGGUGAAGAUAAUAAAAAGAAGGCUACUAAUGAUGGUCGUGCAGCAGUUGCAAAUAAAGAACAAUGUAUUGGUAUUAAGAGGAAAGCUAUCGUUGACGAACGUGCUGCGGUUCUAAGUACCGAACAAUCUGGUCAAGCUGUAAAGAAGAAAGCUGCUGGAGAUGAACGUGCUGCUGUUCCAAGUAGUGACCAUUCUAGUAAAGGAAUCAAGAAGAAGAUUGGUGGUGACAACCGUGCUAAGGUUGUAAAUAAGGAGCAACAAAAUCAAGCUAUUAAGAAGAAGAAUACUGUUGAUCACAUUACUGCAGUUGUAGCUGACGAGAAUGCUGGUCACGGUAUUAAAAGGAAGGCAACUGUUGACGAUUUUGCUCCAAAGCGUGCCAAGCUCGAUGAAGAUUUUAUUAUAAAUGAGGAAAACAAGCGACGUCAAGAAAGGGAUGAUCGGUCACUUUUCAUUAAAGGUUUUCCUAAGAACACAAAGACAAAAGAAUUAGAAGAUCUUCAUCCUGAUAUUGAAUCAGUGCGUCAUCGAAAAGGCUCUUCAUUUGCAUGGAUUGUGUUUAGGAACGAAACAUCCUGCAAUAAGGCUCACGACUCGUUGUCUACCGCGAAAGUGGGUGGGAAAAAGGUGAAAGUAGAUUUUUGCGGAUCUAAAUCUACGAAAAAGCCACAGAAAUCUAAAGAGCAUGUGCCAGUGAAUCCUUUGGAACUAUUCAUAAACGGCAUACCACCACAGGUUAAUAAAGACGAUAUCAAGAAUGUUUUCCGCGCAGCUAUCUCUAUUCAUAUUCCGAAUGCACGGGCUCAUGAAAUCAGGCGUGCAUUUGUGCUGUUUUCCACUGAAGAUGAUGCAAAAGCAGCGUUUGACAAAGGCAGGGGCUUGAAACUUGGUGGACGAUCUGUAGAAGUGUUUUACGCCCGUUUGCGCAAAAAUGUUACGUCACCUUCGGAGGUGAAACCAAGCAAAGACUUGGAUACGAAAAAAGUCCAUGCGAGCAAUAAAGCGGUGGCAUCGAAAGUUGUUGAAAAUGAGAGUGAUAGUGACGACGAGGAAGUAGAAUCCAGCGACGAGGGAAUCGAAGAAGUCGACGAACAGCAACAGAAAAAAGUGACUGUAAAGAAGUCGGACAAUGAAGAUAAUGAAGGCAAGGAGGAUGAGGAUGAUAACGAUGACGAUGAUUAUGUUGAUGAUGAAGAAGAAGAUGAUGAUGAAGAUGAAGAUGAAGAUGAAGAUGACGAUGAAUAA